AUGAGCGACAGCGAUUCGAAGAGAUUAACAGCCGCAAGACUCGACUUUCCUUUUACCAUGUCUUCAAACGAUGAUUCAGACUUUGAACAAGUGGAAGAUGAGCCUGCUCCAACGAAGACACUCACGGAGCGAAAGUGGCCGGAAACGGUGAAGUGCGGUGUUCUUGCCUCCCGACUCACGAGUGAAGCUGGUACCUGGUACUACCACAACAGCUCUAACCUUCCGAAGGACUCUUUCUGUGACCUCGCGAACAAGUUCAUGGAGAACUUCCGGUGUAAGCUCCCGGUGCAGACGAUUGCAGUCACUCUGGCGAACACACGCAAAUUUCCCCAGGAAACAUAUGCUACCUACGCUCACCGACUCUCCCAGAUUGCAGUAGGGCUAUAUCCUGGCAAAGUCAACUCGUAUACUGAGCAGCAGGCGCUGAGUACUUUCAUCAACCAUGCUUACCCUAGCUUCCGUGUUGAUCUGGAAGCCAAACUUGACCAAGAAGCGGAGGACGCUACCGGAGAACUUGAAAGCGCAGUGGUCCUACUGACCAAACUAGCCAAAAGUGAUGGAAAAAUUAACCCUAACAAACGACGCAGCGAUGAUUUUAGCCGAGACGGCAGUGACAAGAAAUCCCGAAUUAGUGGCAGCGCUUCAGCUACUACUGCCAAGACCCCUAGGCCCCGUUGGAACUUCUCAAACGCUUUGUGCAAGACAUGCAAUGAACGAGGUCACACGACAAACUACCACGAUCGUCAUGUCGCCCAGCAAGCCCGUAGCCGUGAAGUUCAAGGCGAACAAAACGAGAGUCAUGACUGA